AAUUGCUGGAUUUGGAACGGACCAUGAAAACAACCAAUCUCGGCCUGUACGCUUUCCGUUUAACCUUCGGUCAGGCGCCGCCGUUGUCUGCACAGGCUACGACGCACUGCAGCCAUGGCUAUACCACCAGCUCGUCGUCGCCCAACCGUGUGGUGACCCGCUCGGCCACCAUGCUGGCGCUGUUUGGGAUCGCGCUCUCCUCGUUCAGCCUCAAGCAGCUGCUGGCCAAGAAGCAGAAGCACCAGGGCCUACGCAAGCUCUAAGAAGGGGAUCCAGCCAAGGAGUAGAACGAAGAUUGAAGCAAUGCCAAAACACCAGCGGCAGAAGGAGCAAUGAGGAGCCAAAGCGCCAUGUCCUGAGGUCACACAUUUGAUUAGUUCAUCAACCGCCAUCAUCGUGUAUAUUUGCCUAAGUUAAGUCAUCCACUCACCACAGACACAACCGGAACUCGGACAUGGAGGCUUGUUUUGUCAUAUUCUCGUUAAAUGAAACCAUGGACGAUACAGUUCUAUGCGCAUAUAUAUGUAGAUAUAUUUUCUUGUUUACACAUGCACACCAUGCAGCGCCAACUAAAAGGAAUAAAUUUGUGAUAAAUCGUGUACGAGUGUAGCCAAUCAGCAAACAAACUGAACGAUAGAGAGAGAGAUUUGCUAAAUUUAUGGAAAUCCCAAAAUUAUCCUAGACCUUUUUGUUGUCCUUUUAGUUUUAUAUAUUUUAUGUGUAAACAAGUCUAUCAUAUACGUAUAUUUAUUUACAAGUUAAAACCCAGAGAAACGACUAAAUAAGAAGGGAUAGAAACCAUAAUGACAUCGUUGGAUAGCAGAUCGCCGAGCAGGUUGCAUCAGUAUCCAAGAAACAAACUAGUUUUAGUUUCGUAUUCAAAUAAAUGCAUUACAUUCAAUUGGAAA